AUGGAUGGGAGAAAAACAACUCGUGAAUGUUGUGGAGGAAAUGAAGAAGAGAAAAGGGGAGCGGAUGUAACACUUCCCGUUUGGCAGAAACUAUCUUUAGAUUCUUAUCUAUCUAUCUAUCUAUCUAUCUCAUUUUGUGUGUCUGUCUAUCUAUGUUAUCUCUCUGUCACAGUCUCUCAUAGAUUAGUCUAUCUAUGUAUAUCUCUAUCUGUCACAAUCUACCUGUCAGCCUGUUCACGUCUAUCUAUUAUCUAUCUCUCACAGACAGUUCACAUCUAUCUAUCUAUCUAUCUAUCUAUCUAUCUAUCUAUCUAUCUAUCUAUCUCAGUUUUUGUGUCUGUCUCUGUAUCUCUCUAUCUGUCACAGUCUCUCGUAGAUUACUCUAUGUAUAUCUCUGUCACAAUCUAUCUAUCAGUUUGUUCACAUCUAUCUAAUAUCUAUCUCACAGUUGUCCACAUCUAUCUAUCUAUCUAUCUAUCUAUCUAUCUAUCUAUCUAUCUAAGUCAUUUAAUAUGUAUGUAUGUAUCUAUCCAUGUAGCUAUCUAUCUAAGUCAUUUAUCUAUCUAUCUAUCUAUCUAUCUAUCUAUCUAUCUAUCUAAGUCGUUUAAUAUGUAUCUAUGUAUCUAUCCCAUUGGCAUGACGUCUUCCCUAUCACCUUCUCCCUACUAUCAACACGACAAUCAUUUUGUUGGUCUCAAUUCAAAGGCCAGUGUCCAUCACAGUAAUGGAAGUGUACAAGUCAACCGAGACUGA